AUGAACGAAAUCAUCGUCCUAAACGAGGGCUACUCGAGAUACGAGGAGGAGGAAAAGGAACCUCCGGAGAUGCUGGCCAACUGCACCUGCACCUUGAUCAAAGGCCGCGAUUGCAACGUCAUCGUGGACACGAUGACACCUUGGGACGGCGAUCUGCUUUUGCAACGGCUGAAGGAGCAUCAGCUGCAUCCGGACGACAUCGACUACGUCGUAAGCACACAUGGACACUCCGACCAUCUGGGGAAUAAUAAUCUUUUCCUGCGGGCGAAGCGGCACAUCGUUGGGACUAACAUUUCCCACCGGAAUCGUUACUACGUCCAUGAUUUCAAAAACGCACCAUUCCGGCUGACGGAUGACAUCGAAGUGCAGGCCACACCGGGCCACACGCUGUCCUGUGUGACGGUGCUGGUCGCGGAGAGCAACACGCCUACCGGUGACGUUGGCCGGACCGCGAUAGUGGGCGACUUGUUCGAGCGCCGUCAGGACAUUGACGACGAGCGACUGUGGUUCGAGGCCGGCAGUGAAGAUCCCCGUGCGCAGCGCCAACACCGGGCACGCAUUGCCGCGCUGGCGGACUGCAUCGUGCCGGGCCACGGUGAACCGUUCCGCGUCGAUGCUCCGAUGCGAAGAUCCUUGGAACGUCAGUACUCUUCUAGGAGCGGGUGGAUGUAA